AUGUCAGCCGACUUCUGGGCCGGCUACCUCUCGGGCGCAGCCUCCAUCAUAAUCGGCAACCCCCUCGACGUCCUCAAAGUCCGACUCCAAGCCAGUUCCUCUUCCUCUUUCUCUUCCUCUUCCCCUUCCACCACCAUAACCACCACCAACCCAAGAAUCCUAACUACCCCCCGCAACCUCCUCCUCGGCACAGCAGCCCCCAUCCUCACCUACGGCGCCUUGAACGCCCUGCUUUUUGUGUCGUAUAACCGCUCAGAGUCCUACCUCAACUCUUUGUUUCCUUCCCCCUCCCAACCCGGCCAGCAAGGAGGAAAAGGAUCAAACCUCACAACCACCUUCCUAGCAGGCUGCAUCUCCGGCCUCGCCACCUUUUUGGUGUCUUGCCCAACCGAGAUCAUCAAAGUCCGUUCGCAAACCUCCUCGACCUCCUCCUGGAAUGUAACAACCCAAAUCCUACGGCAGAAUCGCGUAAAAGGUCUCUACCAAGCCGGGGGGGUGACCGUUUUGAGAGAUAGCAUAGGGUACGGGUUUUAUUUCUGGGGGUACGAGCUCUCCUCCGGAUGGUACAACUCCUUCUUCGGCACCACAACAGAGGAAACAACAGGGAGGGCGCUCCUCUGCGGUGGGGUGGCGGGGGUGUUGACCUGGGCGAGUAUUUUCCCUUUGGAUGUCGUCAAGACCAGGAUGCAAACUCGGGACAUGGCGGGAGAACAACAAGGUUUGUUGGGGAGUGGAGGAAAAGGCAAAGGGGCGUGGCAGACGGGGAGGGAAAUCUACGCGAGAGAAGGGAUAAAACCCUUCUUUCGGGGGCUAGGAGUCUGCAGUCUGAGGGCGUUUGUGGUCAAUGCCGUGCAGUUUGCCGUUUAUGAGGGGGCUAUGGCUAGGUUGACGGGGAGGGACGAAAAGGUGGGGGUUUUGCAAGAGGGCUUUGCUGGGUGA